AUGGCAGCAACGCCCGUGAUAUCUUUGAAACCGAGCUAUAAUUCCGUGGUGAGGGGUUGUCCAGGGUUACCGGAUACGUUGCCCAGGGUAGAAUGUCAGGUACAAGUGAGAUCGGGCAAUGGGGAACCCUUCCAGUUGGAUAAAAUGGAGAUCAGGUUUUUCACCGUCGAGAGUCUGCACGGGAAGAACCGAACACAUAGACCCAAUUCGCAUCUGGGGGUUGAUUCGACGAUGGGGCGCGACACGGAGGAGUCUCUGAUUUCUGGACUGGCCAAGAGGAGGAAGAAUAAAUUGGAUCACAUCACGGUACACUACCAGAAGACGAUAUCGUUGAAGAAGGACUCAACACAGAAACAGAAGCCGUUGCUUGCGGUGGACAUGCCGUUGACCAUCGCGCUGCCGGACGACAUCAAGGAGACGAACUAUAACACGACUUUUGGCUCCUGCUACCACAUGCUAGACUGCACCGUGUACUACAAUGGCAAACACAGCAAGAACUUCAAACACGUUAUCAAUGUGGAACGGUACACGUAUUUGCCCAACCCGAAACUGUUUGCACCCUUGGAGAGGACGAGUCUCUCUGCGGAUGGGAAAUUCAAAGUGUCAUACAAAGUGGAGAACCCUUGUGUCUCCUCAGAGGACCUGUUGAAACUGACUGUGACGUUCAGACCGAACCUUCUAGGGGAUUUUGGUACUGGGAACCAGUCACCAACGAAGAAAGGGUUGCUGUUCAACAAGAGGAUCAAGUUGAAACACAUCGACUUCCAAUUGAGGGAGGUCUUGGAGAUCAACGAUGCUUCGAAGAUGAAUUUCACUGCAACGGACUCCUUUGAGAACGUUUUACAUACACAAAUCGAGAAAUUGAACCAGAUCGUGUCGAUGAACGACAUAAAAGUCGUUGCAAACGUACGGAUCUUGACUCGAGACAGGUACUUCCAGAACUUUGAGAGCACCUUCCACGAGCCCGCGUUCGUGUACAAGCUUGGCGAUGGCGUCCCACAGGACGCAACAACAACACCGCGCGAGAUCAAGACCGUACUCUUGCAAAACAAGAACAAUAACGUUCCUCUCCAGUACCACACGUCCAUCACAACUUUCGGACGGCAGUUCAACAUCACACACAAUUUGCACGUUGGUUUCAAGAUCAGUAACGGGAAGGACUUCGCGCAUCGGCUCAAUGUGACCGUGACCCCCUGGACAGCCCCGCAGUUGAGGGACAUUGCACAGCUGAUAUCACAGGAGCGCGAAACGGCAGCGUACGCCAAGCGAUUCUACAAGAGUUUUGGCGGCAUAGUCAUACGGAAGUCGCAGGGGGAUUACUACCUGGAGUACCCAGUGCUUCCACCCAUGGUGUCCCACCACGAUGAGUCGACCAUGGAACAGUUUUGUAUCAAGUACGACACGAACCAUACAAUCCCAAGAAGGGUCCCCAUAAUAGAGUAA